AUGGGGGGUGCGACGCGCAAGAAGAACAAGACGAACCACCGCGAAGUCAGCCGCAGGGUGAAGACCAAGCGCCGCACAAAGGACGUCGACGAGAUCCUCGAGAUGCUCAGCCCGGAGAACGUGGAGAAGAUCAAGAACAGGGACCCCGACCCCCUGCUCCCCGGGGACGGCAUGCACUUCUGCAUCAUCUGCGACAGGUACUUCAUCAGUGCAGAGGCGCUGGAGACACACAAGGCCACCGGGAAGCACAAGUUCCAGGUCAAGCGCGUCAGGGAAGGCGGCAUCUCCCCCAAGGAGACAGAGCUCUUUGCCCGCCGCGGGCUUCCCGAUAACGGGCGGAAGAUUGUAAGAGAUGAGAACGGUGAGCUGAUAGGAUUUACUGAUUGA